AUGCGACCCUUCCUGUUCGCCAUCCUCAUCAUCACUGGCGCCCUACACACCAUUUCCGGGCUUAGUCAAGAGGUCUCCGACCUCGUGCUCGCUCUAGUGCGGCUCACAGCCGUUGAAGUCUUCAAAGCCUACAAACCGCGCUCAAACCACGAGACUGCGGAUGAAUACGUCGCCACCAAAAACGAGCUCAGAGACGCUGUCCCAAAACACAUACGUACGUCUCCCCUCUCUUGGAUCGCAAAAAUGUUCCCACGUCCCACCAUUGAGUCGAUUCUGGCCACUUCGUGGACAAGCACAACCCUCAAACCUGGUUCCCCUUGGACGGACAUUUUCCAUUCGCCAGCGAUUCGGAACUUCCUCGGCCCAAAUGGAAUUCCGUUCUCAAAGACUGUCUCCAACGAUGUUCACCUCGUCUUCGGUCUCUACAUCGACUGGUCUAACCCAGGAGGGAACAAGCAGUCCGGGAAGUCUCGCUCCGUGGGCUCCGUAUACCUCGUUUGUCUCAACCUUCCUCUCGCCAUACGAUUUCGCCCCGAGAACCUCUGUUUGUCCGACAUCAACAAUCUCUCGCGCUCGACGUGGACAACGCGGACCUGGCAACGACACUUCGAGAUUGCACAGUCGUGGCGCGACGCUUCGACGGUUGCCACACGCUCGGCGAUCUUCAAGGAGCAUGGCAUCCGAUGGUCCGAACUCCUUCGCCUCCCAUACUGGGAUCCAACCAAGUACGCCGUCAUGGAUGCUAUGCACAACUUGUUCCUAGGUCAAGUUCGCCAUCACUUCCGGGAGGUAUGGGGACUUGACGUCAGGGACCAGAAGGAAGGGAAGAAGACGCGAGAGCUGGCCCAGCACACGCCUGAAGAACAGAAGCAAUGGCUCCAAUACGUCGUCGAUUCCCUCAACACCCCCCGCACCAUGUCCUCACUCAUGAAACCCCGAAAAGGCUAUCUCGUCGCGCUUGCACAAGCCAACAGUAUCGUUCCAGCAGCGCUUACAAAGAAAGCAUAUGCGGAAGCCUUGAUAGAAUGGACAAAAUCAAACGCGUGGGCCGCUCUGCGUGUACCACCCAUCCUACCAGAAGACACCGACAACUUCUAUCUGUCCGACGAUAUCUCAACGUUUCAAGUGCUUACGCCGAAAAUCAUCCAACAAGAGAUCCCUCUGACCUUCGUGGAUCACUUCUGUGUGGGAACCAAACUGAGGUAUCUCUUCGACUCGGUAGAGUGGCCCGGCAUAGAAGAAUUCGACGACCUCAAAUCUGCGGUCCGCGCUGUGUUCCAAGACACAACUCGCAGUACCAGGGCGGCGGAGAUCCUUGCCUUAGCAACAGCAUCGCAAUCGGCCGAGACUCUACGCGCUCUGUACACCAAGUUCAAGCACUGCAAGGCGAAGCUCGAGCACGAUGUCUACAACAAGCUUCUUAGCGUGCUCAAUCAUACGCCUCCAGUCGCUUACAGCUCGUUCUACGAACAACCUGCCCGUGGCACUGUCCAACUCCCACUCCACGCAGUACUUCUUCCGAAGAUUGACGUUCACCGCGCCACGCUCGGGACACGGGACAAGAACAUCCGUAACUCCUUCGUUGUACUUGCUGGUCAGAUCUCCCAGAUCUUCCUUCAUAGAAGACUCUCACCGACACAGGAGGACUCCAUCGUUGAGCCAUGGUUGGUGGUGGACGUUUAUGCCACUCUCACCGACGAACACGCAGCAUGUGACCCUUAUCGCCGAUUCCCCUUGCUCGACACCAAGCUUGUUUACAAUUGGUCCGAGAGGAGUAUCGUCAUACGGAUAACGGACGUAGUUUGCCAAUUUGCAAGCCUGACCUAUGUACCUGACGGUAUCGAAGAGAGUUGUGUCGUCGUGCGAGCUCUAGAUCGCAAUUGA